AUUCUAGGUUAAGAUUUUGUUUACUUGUAGUCUUUCACUGCUGAGUUCUCAAAUUUUGUCCUGUAACAUGAUUAUUGUUCAGUGUUGCUUAUUCGGCUCUAAAAUUGCCGAAAGUGUAAACUAAUCGCAUUGAAUGCUUAUGGUAUCAACGAACUUGGAUUUUAGUUCUUUCUUUUAUAUUUUUUUAUUGGUUUCAUAAGAACAACAUACUCCGCAAUUAAAAUUAGUUCGUUCGCAGGAAUGACUAUCACACAGAACAUACCUGCUUAGAUUCAAGCAAUUUUCUAUACCGCUGAUUAAUUUUUGUCUAGUUUAGAGUGGAAACGUCACCCCUGAACUUCAAAAUGAAUCGGCAAGCGCUGAGAGUGCCUGUUCAUUUCCUUGCACUUCCUUUUCCAUUUAAUUACCUGGAUGGAGAUCAUGACAAACCAGAUUUCAAAGGAAGUAUCACAGCUGAAGAGUAUGCCGAAAUUGAUCCAAAGCAGAAAACUGGAAUAGAGGGAUUGAAGAGAAUGUGGGAGUUUGACGAACUCCAUGGAUACAGUGAUGAAGUGAGAGCAUCAUUACAUGGCGGAUUUUAUACUGGUAUACUUGGUGGAAUGAUAAUGGGAGCCUCAAGGGGUAAAAAUGAUUUUUCCAAGUGGAUGCGAACUAAUUUGGCUAGCAAAUUUAUUAAUGAAGCAGAUGCCAAGAAAUAUUUAACUGAUACUGUCGCCACUGGAGUCUUCAAAGGUGUCAUGGUGGAAGGCACUAAAAUUGGUGCAUUCGUCUCUGCAUACUUGUUGGCGUCAAAUAGUUUAUCGGUUUACCGAGGAAAAACGGGUAUGGCAGAUUUUAUAGUCGGUGGCGCCUUUGCAGGUGGUGCUUUUCGAUUCUGGCAUGGUCCCAGGGGCUUUAUCGUUGGAAUAGGUCUAGGUUCUUUCUUGGGAACCAUAGCUGGGGGAUUGUAUACUCUUAUUCUAAUGGCUUAUGGAGUAACACCUGAGGAGGUGAAGGAGUACCAAAUCUCUGCAAUCAACUACCGUGAAAGGGCCUUAAAGAAAAGUAUCAAGCAGCCCUGGGAUGAGUCGACACAAAACGCAAUGUUAGAAAGCAGACAAUAUGCCAAGGAGAAAGAUUUGUUUACAGCAGAUCCUAAAUCAUGAGCUUUUUCUUAGAAACCUCUCAUAGGUGUAGGAAGACAUUGUAAGAGGUACCUUUUUUACAUACUCAUGAAUUUAUGUACAUUUGUCGGUUUCAAAUUGUAGUUGUAAGACUGUAUGUAAAUAGGAACAUUUUACUCAACCACACCUUGCAUUGAGGAUGUUCCUCAUUCUUUAGAAGUUGAACCAUCGUCCCUUCAGUAGCAUUUUUUUCUAUAUAUAUACAUAGUUUAUUUCUUCACGGUACCGAUCAAUGUUGUCCUCUGUGAUUCUUGGAUGAAUCGGAACAGUUGUAAGAAAGUCUGUUUUGUUAUUUCUUUAUUGUUUUUACAUGAGUAUAAAGUUUCGUAACUCAAUAGCUUACAUUAUUAAUAACUGUUCUUGUAAUUUUACAAGGAUCAAAGAAAACAAAAAUAAAAAAUUUGUUUUCAAUUCCUUUUUCAA